AUCGAUAAUAAUAAUUAUUAUUCUACAGUUUACAUGGUUUUUAUAGUGUAUUAUAUACUUAUACUCAAAUUCUAUGAAAUAUCAAUAAGUCAAUAUGAUUUCAUAUGUUUUAAUGUUUGCGUGUACUCAGUUGGUAACAAGCAAAGGCAAUGAGGGACAUAUUUUUAUAUGUGUGUACUUGAAGACAGUGAUCAAUGAUUAUUUUCAUUUGAGAAUUUAAAAGCUAUUGUUGCAAAGUGGUUUUUUCGUCAAAAAUGACUUCAAAUAUUUCUAAUAAAAGUAUAAUGUACAUUAUUAUUUUUAUAAGUAUCAAUAUUGUAUCCAUAAAGUGUUUAUACCAACCAAUUUCAAUUAAAACAUUUCAUACAGAUGAAACUCAUCUUCUUUAUAUAAACUAUUUGAAUGAGGAAAAUAAACUAAAGCUUAGUAAACUCAAUCUAGAACAAUACUACAGCUCCUAUUAUAAUCCUCAAUUUAAAUUUCCUCGUAAUAAUGAAUCAUAUGAUUCAUGGAAAAAUCAAAUCGAAUUAUUUUGUAAGAAUGAGUAUGUACCGUUUGAAAAAUUUAAAAAAAUGCACGAGAUCGCGUCGCUUGGAAAGCUUGUAAGAACAUUUAGAACUUGUCUAAAGUUUGAAAGUAAUCCUUUGGAAAUGAUACGAUAUUGUUGUAUGAAUAGUGCAGCUACCAAAAUUGUAUUUGCCGAUUGUUUAGAACGACUUGAAGCAAAUCAGAAAAAAGUCUUACAAGAUUGUUUUGAUACAUUUAUAACAUCAAUUAUACAAAUAUUAGACACUGAUAAAAACGUUCAAUAUCUUACAGAAGAUGAGUAUAAAACUAAUAAUAUUGAAUCAAUAACGACCGCUUCACAAGCAUCUGUAGGAACUGGUCCAAUUGGUUCUUUUAUUAAACAAUUGAGGUGA